AUGUCGUGGUUAAAAAAGCACAAUCCCCAAAUAUCAUGGGAAAAACAUACACUUGUUUUUAACUCGUUAUAUUGUUCCAAUAAUUGUCUGUCUGUACCCGCUGUCUUAGAACUCAAGGCAGUAGAAGAAAUACCACUACCUUAUCAAGAAUUUUCCAAGGUCUUCUCUGAGGAGGAAUCAUCCAAACUGCCACCCCACCGGCCUUAUGAUAUCGCCAUUGAGGAGGAUGCGGAACUUAAAGAAACCAUUGAGAAACAACUCAAAGCAGGUUUAAUCCGCCCGUCUAAAUCCCCUAUGGCCUCUCCUAUAUUAUUUUAUGACCAAGAAAACGUCUAUCCCCUACCUUUGCCACAGAAUCUCAUCGAGAAAUUGCAAGGUGCUAAGAUCUUUAGCAAAUUUGAUCUCAAAGCAGGAUACAACCUAGUCCGAAUCAAAGAAGGCGAUGAAUGGAAAACCGCUUUCAAAACAAAAUACGGACUAUUUGAAUAUUUGGAUCUUCUGGAUGUCUACGUCAUCAUUUAUUUGGAUGACAUUCUGGUAUUCUCUUUGAACGAAAAGGAUCACAAAGCUCAUGUACGAGAAGUACUUAAAAGGUUACAAGACAAUGAUCUCUUCUGCAACAUUGAAAAAUGUCAUUUCCACGUCAAGAAAAUCGAUUACUUAGGGUUUAUUAUAUCCGAAUUUGGCAUAGAAGUGGAUCAGUCUAAAGUUACAGACGCCAUGAACUGGUCAACACCUAAGAAUGUCAAGAACAUCCAAGAAUUCUUAGGAUUCGUAAACUUUUAUAGACAAUUUAUUCCUAAUUUUGGCAACAUGGCACGACCUCUGUACAACCUGCUCAAAAAAGAUAGUACUUGGAAAUGGGAACAGGCGGAACAACAAUCCUUUGAUGGUCUGAAGAAAUGUCUUACAUCAGCACCUCUGCUUCUGCAACCAGACACCACAAAACAAUUUUAUGUGGAAUGUGACGCCUUGGAUUAUGCCACUGGAGCGAUACUAUCUCAACGUAAUCUAGAAGGGAAAUUAGCCCCUGUAGCCUAUUUAUCUAAAUCCCUAUCCCCAGCUGAAAAGAACUACGAUAUCUUUGACAAGGAAUUACUGGCAGUUAUCAGGGCAUUUAAAGAAUGGCGCCACCUACUGGAAGGAUCAGAAUUACCAGUCCAAAACCAAGUUCUCCUGAAACCGGAACUUUUCAUUGCAUCAAUCACCCCGGAUCAGGAAAUCAAUGAUUUAAUUGGCGAAGCUAUUUACAAGGAUGACCGUCUAAAAGAGAUUCUGCUCAAACUCCAGAACAAGGAAAAGGUCUUGGAUUGGGAAUUAAGAGAAGGACUACUAUGGUAUCAAGGAAAAAUCUUUGUACCAAAAGACAAUACCAUUAGGAACCUUAUCCUAGAAUCUAGGCAUGACGCCUUGGCGGCGGGACACCCAGGACAAGCCAGGACAUUAGAACUUAUUUCCAGAAGUUAUUACUGGCCAUCGCUGAAAAAGUUUGUCAACUCUUAUGUCAGCCACUGCGAAACCUGUAUCAGGUCCAAACCAACAAAUCAAGUACCUGUAGGGCUGCUAAAGCCAUUGCAAAUUCCUGAACGCCCCUGGGAAGAUAUAGCUUAUGACAUGAUUGUGGGAUUACCGGUUUCAGAAGGCUUUGAUGCUAUCCUAACCGUGAUUGAUCGAUUUUCAAAAAUGGUCCAUUUUAUUCCUACCCAAUCCACAGCGUCGGCUAUUGACAUUGCCAACUUAUUUGUCACAUACAUCUGGAAGUUACAUGGCCUCCCCAGGAGUACCGUUUCAGAUAGAGGUCCUACAUUUAAUGCCAAGUUUAUUCGUCAUCUAUAUAAAAGGCUAGACAUCAAGCCUACAUAUUCUACAGCCUACCAUCCUCAAACAGAUGGUCAAACAGAACAAAUACAACGAGAGGCCAAGAUCUUUAUACGUAUGUUUGGAAAUCAUCGUCAAUCAGACUGGGUAUCACUAUUGCCAUUGGCCGAAUUUGCCUUGAACAAUUUGAAACAGACUUCCACAGGCAAAUCCCCCUUCCAAAUAUGUUACGGCUAUAAUCCAAGAUUUACAGUUGGCCAAAAGUCAGACGAGUCAGUCCCUAAUGCAGACAAACAUGCAGAAUUCUUAGAAAAGGGCUAUGAUGAAGUCAAGGCAACGUUAUCAAUAUCCCAAGAAAGGAUGAAACACUUCUACGAUCAACGUCACAGAGAAGAAGAAGAAAUUCAAGUAGGGAACAAAGUUUGGCUAAGUCAUCAGAAUAUAUCCACCGAUAGACCAUCCAUCAAGCUUAGCCACAAAAAGCUAGGUCCCUACUUGGUAAUUGAAAAAAUUGGAUCGCAUGCGUACAAAUUACAACUACCUCAUACCAUGCGCAUACAUCCAGUCUUUCACAUUAAUCUUCUGACAAAAUUCCAUCCUGACCCUCAUGGACGCGACCCUCCUCAACCUGCACCUAUUAUUACAAAAGAAGGCGAGGAAGAAUAUGAAGUUGAAAGAAUCCUGGACAGCAAAUGGAAAGGGCGUGGCAAAUCAAAGAAACUCUGGUAUUUAGUUAAGUGGAAGGGAUACGACAAAGGAAGCAACUCGUGGGAACCAGUGGAUAAUGUGGGUAACGCUCAAGAAGCCAUAGAAGAAUUCCACAUGGAACAUCCUGAUGCAGUUAGUGUCAUAAACAGAGGAAAAUAG